CUGACUAGCUGUACUUGGUGCUAACAUGAGCAACAGUUUAGUCCAAAGCCUUUUCUGCUAAAAUAAAAUCUUUAGUGUAUGUCAGAUACAGACACAUUGCAUAUUGAUCUGUUUAGUUAACGUCAGACUGUGUAGCAGGCAGGCUACAAGGUGUACAAGUUGUAUCAGUUCUGCUAUUAUGCUGUACUUAGCUAACGGGAAGCUAAGUGUGUUUGAGAGACAGCCACGCACGUGACCACGUAGAAUGGGCAUCAGCCAAUGAAAAGCGGCCUCUGUGAUAUGGUCCAUGGCCAUGAGACGCGAUUCUGACGUAUUUCCGCUUAUUAGAGACACGGAAGUGCUGUGUUUGUCCUGAUGUUGCUAAUAAAGUUUAGGUUGAAAAUACAAGUAGUAACAGGAAGUAAUUCUCACAGACGGUUUCGUUUCUGGUUCCGAAGUUUCUGACAGUAGCGCUCCGCUCUACCGGACCCUUACCCGUCGGGCCCACUGCUGACGGUACCGAUGAACCAGAACCGAGUCCGAACCACGAAACGUUGAUACAUCGUUGUUUUUGCCGCACAGCCUGAUGGGUAAAAUGGUAACAGCGCAGCGGCGGUGAUUGGUGGAGACAGCUGGUCAAGGUGAGCGGCGGCAGGUUCGACCAAGCCCGGUUCUGCAUCCGCUCCCGUAGAACCUGAAGGUCCAGUUCAGAACAACGGCUAAGGAGGAGGGCUCAGACUGGAAUCAUCAGAACCAGGGAAAAAUGGUUCUGAUGGACUUUAGACUGAAGAACCAACAGAACCGGCCGGAUCCACAUCCGUAGGUCCUGGACGGGCCGGUUCUGUUGGUAUCACCAACCGAGUCCGAACCAGACAUGUCCCUGUCGGCCCAGAGGGACCGGGUCCAGAGGCAGGUGGAGGAGCUGGAGCGCAGCCUGGCUGUGACCCGGGACGAGCUGGACCUGCUGAGCAGUGAGACGGAUGAUGGAUCAGAAAGUCAGGAUGAGGAGGGACAGGAGGGACAGAGCCCAGCUGACCUGUUGGCCCAGAAGCAGAAGAUCCAGUCAGAGAUCCAGAACCUGGAGGACAUGUUGGGUCCCCACAGCGAGUCCCUUGACGUGUCCAGCGAGGACAGCAGUGACUCAAGUGACAGGACCGAGCCGGACCUGUCUCCGAGUGCGUCCUCGUGUCUCCAGCUGAACCUGGUCUACCAGCAGGUGGUCCAGGAGACGCUGGACCAGCUGGAGGCGCUGCUGGCCCACAACCGCAGGCAGCAGAGGGAGCUCACAGCCCAGAUGAAUGGACCAAUCAGAGAGUCCACCAGAGAAGGUCCCGCCUCGUCCAAUCAGCAUCCAGCUAAGAUGUUCCUGGGAAGCUUCCUGAAACCGUACUUCAAGGACCGUCUGACGGGCCUGGGCCCUCCAGCCAAUCAGGAGGUGAAGCUGAAGGCUCAGAGGAUGAUGGGAUGUCCAGAAGACAAGAAGCUGAAAUUGAAAAGAUGGGAGAGCUGGCAGAAGACGCUGCUGGUCCACUCAGUGACUAGAGACCACCUGAAGAGACUGAUGCUGCCCAAACUGUCCAGGCUGGACUUUCUGACCUCCAAGUUUUCCUCGGCUCAGGGAGCCGACAGACAGCAGCUGACUGAGCAGAUCAAUGACCUGGAGAAAGACCUGCAGCUGCUGAGGAUGAAGAGAGAGGAGGAGCUUACUGGUGAUCGCUACGAAGAACACGACUGGCAGAAGAUCUCCAACAUCGACUUUGAAGGGACGAAGGACGCAGAGGACAUCCGUCUGUUCUGGCAGAACGUCCUCCACCCGUCCAUCAACAAGACGGCCUGGAGCAGCGAGGAGGUCCAGAGACUGAGCGCCAUCUGCAGGAGACACGAGGACAGACACUGGGACUCGAUCGCCCAGGAGCUGGGGACGGGCAGGACGGCCUUCAUGUGUCUCCAGAUGUUCCAGCGUUUCGUCUCCGACUCUCUGAAACGCAGCAGCUGGACGGCGGAGGAAGACGAGCAGCUGAGAGAGCUGGUCCAGAAGAUGAGGAUCGGGAACUUCAUCCCGUACACGCAGAUCAGUUACUUCAUGGAGGGUCGUGAUCCGACUCAACUCGUCUACAGGUGGAACCAGGUUCUGGACCCGAGCCUGAAGAGAGGCUCGUGGACCAAGCAGGAGGACCGGCUCCUGCUGCAGGCUGUGGCUCGUCACGGCGAGAAGUGUUGGUGGAAGGUCCGGUUGGAAGUUCCUGGACGCACCGAUGGAGCCUGCAGAGACAGGUAUCUGGACUGUCUGAAGAAGAACAUAAAGAAAGGUCCGUUUGAGAGACAUGAGGUGGAGCUGCUGGAGCAGCUGGUGAAGAAACAUGGAGUUGGUCGCUGGGCCAAGAUCGCCGCAGAGAUCCCUCAUCGCCUCGAUGCUCAGUGUCUGAGAGAGUGGAGGAAGCUGGUGCGAGAACCUGCUCAGGACAGAAGGAAAAUCAGGAAGACCUGCAAGAAGGGAGGAAGAGGAAGAGGAAGAGGGCGGGGUGCUGGAGGUUUCAAUGUUAGCAUCAGGAGAGGAAUAUUGAAGAUGAAGGAGGAAGAGGAGGUGCAGGUAACUGAGGAUGAGGAUGAGGAUGAGGAUGAGGUGGUGCAGUACAUGGACAGUGAUGAAGACUGUAAUAAGAAGAGGAAGAGGAGCAUGGAGGAGGAGGAAGAAGAGGAGGAGGAGUACAUCCUGCCGCCGAUGGAGGAGUGGCUUCCAGCUGAGGUGAAGCAAAGCUCCACCUCCCUGAGCUUCACGCUGGUGGAGCUCCCUUCCUCCGGCGAGGCUCCGGACCGAACCGCGGUCCGCUCCACCGUGCUGGGUCGGCCCGGGCCCUCCGUCGUCAUCGGGGCUCCGCCCAGAGAGCUGUCCUGGGAGGAGCGCCGCAGCUCCUCCGCCGUGCCGAUGGCGUCCCGGGAGGCGCUGCGUCUCCACCUGAGCGCCCUGAAGCAGAAGGUCGGCUCUGCCCCCCAGCCGGGGCGGCGGCCGCGCCCGCAGGCCCAGGAGCUGAGGUACGAGUUGCAGGUCGCCGUCACGCCGUGGAUCGGGAACCUGCUGAUCCCAAAGAGCCAGAAACGGAGCGCCGCAGAUGCACUGAGGGAGGCAGGAGAGAGGAGCGGCGUCUCCACCUCCUCCGCCUUCACGCUGCUCCUCCAGGCCAUGAACGUAGACACGCUGGGCUGCCGGCAGAUGAUCGAGGAGAGGAAGAGCAAGGCGGACCUGCAGGCCCCGCCCCACGCCCGGGGGCCCAAACGGGUCUCAGAGCUCCUCGCCAACAGGAGGAGCCAAGAGGAGGAGGACCAGCGGCGAGUCCUGCUGCAGGAGAAACGCAUCCUGCAGGCUCCGCCCAUCAUGCAGGCUCCACCCAUCCUGCAGGCUCCACCCCAGCACCCUUCUAGCAGAUAUCCUCAGAUGUUUCCUCGUAGUCUCCUAGUCCCUGCUGCCUCCAUCUACUUUGUUCCUUCUGGAGCUCCACCUGCUCCACCUGCUCCUCCUGCUCCUGUGCUCCCAAACCCCGAACCAUCCUGCACCUCCUCCUCAGUGGUUCCAGUUGGCUCCAGUCUGACCAGUAGCCUUGCUCGAGGAAGUCCAGCAGAGCUGAAGGAUGUGGGCGGAGCCAGUGAUGGAGCAGCUGGGUCUCGUAGUGAUGUGGGCGGAGCUAAAGCAGGUGUGGCACGGACAGGUGAUGAAGGAGCAAAGAACGGAGCGGAUCUGGAGACUGGACCCAUGGAUUCAGCAGGUUCUCCAGAACCGGACCGGACCCAGAACUCAGACGGUCCUGCAGCAGUUAGCUCUUCCUCCUCACCUCUGACCUCUGCUCCACCUUCUUGCCCCGUUCAGACCCCGCCCACCUCCACAGACGCCGCCGUCCGUCAGAGUGGGGGCAGGAAGAGGGGGCUGGCGGAGGCGGGCGGCGCCGGGCCGGUCCAGGAGGGGAAGAGAACCAGGAGGCCGACCCUGAAGAUCCAGGAGUCCAAGGAGCUCCAGGCUACAAAGAAAAGAAGCUCCGCCUCCUCUAAGCAGAAACGUGUUGGCAGGGCCCAAUCAAAGGAAAGCAGUGCCAUGGAGGCCCCGCCCCACUCUCAGGCCCCGCCCCUCUCUCAGGUCACUGGUCUCCAUUUCCUUCCUAACCGGUCCAUUUGGGUCAUGACCCCUGGUUCGGUCCCUGUGGCUCAGGCUCCGCCCCCAGCCCUGCAGGUGGGGCUCUUACCCAGAGGUCCUCCCCUAAUUUCUGAAGCCCCGCCCCCUCUGACGGCAGGACUGUCCUCGGUGACCCCAGCUGACCCUCGUGACCUCCAGCUCUUACCUGUUCCCACCUGUAGAUUUAAGCCCCUCCUCCCAGCCGUCAUCCAGUCACCUGAUCUGAGGCCGACCGGCUGGCCCCGCCCCCACUUGCUGCUGGCCUAUCAGGGAGCGGCGGGGAGGCAGACGGUGGGCCCGACCGGCCCCCCCCUCCCGACGGCGGGCCUCCACUUUGACCCCACCCUGAUGUGUCUGGAGCCCCCAGAGGAGGUUCACGAUUGGUUGAGAGGGAGAGGGGGCGUGGUCGUACCUGGAGCGAGGUGCGCCCUCCCCUACCUGCCGCCAUCUGUCAGCAGUCUGAGCGCGCUCAGUGGCCUCCUGCGGGCGAAGGCGUCAGUGACGGCGUCGGCUCUGCAGCUGAUGGCGGACGGCCGCCGCCCCAAUGACCACACCUACUGCGCCUCAGGCGAGCUGCCAGGGCGGCAGGAGGAGCUGCAGGCCGUCCGCCAGCUGGUGGCGCAGCGCUUCUCCACAAACCCCGCCCACCAGCUGCUGAAGGCCCGCUUCCUGUCCCUGUUCACGCUGCCGGCGCUGCUGGCCACCGUGCAGCCAAUCAGCAGGAAGAAGCCAACCUGUCCGACCAAUCAGGAGGAGGAAGAGGAAGAGGAGGAGGAGGAGCUGAAACAAAUCCAGGAGAGACAAAGGAGGAGGAGGAGAGUCCUGACCGGAGCUGCUGUUCCCUAAGCUCCGUUCCGGACUGGAACCGGAAUGAGAACCGGAACCAGAACCGGUUCUGACCUCAUCUCGUUUGUCCUGCCGGUUGUCGACUCCGCAGCUUCGGCCAAUCACCUCUCAGGGAUCCAGUGCCAACCCAGACCCGGUUCUACGGAACCAGUUCAUGCAAGCUGACCCAAACCAGACGGUCAAACCAAAGCCAGUCUGAAACUGGUUCAGAUCCAAGUCCAGCGGUCCAGAACCAGUUCAUGGAGACUGGAGCAGAUGGACAGUUAGUUCUUCCACCUGGAGACGAUCAGAACCAGGAAACGACUGAGAGACGAAACUGAACUUUAUUAGUUACUUUACUAGUACAACGCGGUGCGUUCAGGGGCCGCGGUGCGUUCAGGAACGAUGGCUACAAUGUUGCACUAAAACAUGUUUUGAAGUUGCUGCUUGUAAAUGUUUUUGUUUUUGUAAAAUAAUUUCCUAAUAAAAAAUGUUUCUGAUUUCA